GGUCAAGGCAGGGGAUUAAGUCGCGACGCCCCUUAACCGAUGCCAAAGGGUCUACAUAGAAAACCCGGUAUUGGACGGCACAGAACGCUCACAUAACACAUCAGACCUUUAUCUAGUCGCAAGCCACCUUCAUAAUGGCCGAAGAAAAGACAAACUACACACAAGGGUAUUCCAAGGCUACGGUGGCCAGUCACACCUCCAGGACUGUCGACUCAGAUGCCAGCUUCUUGGUGCCCUACAUCAAACCUACCGACUAUAUACUCGAUGUGGGCUGCGGUCCGGGCACCAUCACUCUUGGCUUCAGAGCCCUCGCUCCGCAGGGUUCAGUGAUUGGCGUCGAUAUCUCAGAGCAGGUUCUAGAUCAAGCUAGGAAGGGAGUUAGCGAGGCUAUCAAGAAAGCAGAUGAGAUAUCCCAGCCUCUGUCUCGUAUCACAUUCCAAAAGGUGGAUCUCCUCGCUGGACUUCCGUUUGCCGAUGACAGCUUCGACGUCGUCUACAGUUCACAACUCUUCCCCCACCUUGCCACGCUUGAUAUGCGUGUUAGGGCGCUGAGCGAAAUGCGCCGAGUUCUCAAACCAGGCGGAGUGCUGGCCUCGCGUGAUGCCGCCGAGUUGCACUUCUACCCGCGCGCCUACGACCUCGACCGGCUCUGGGCCGGCAACAUGACCAAGGCGCUGCGGAACGGCGAACCAGAUGCCUGCUUCCCGGGCGGCGACAUGCCAGCGCUGUUCCGAAAGGUGGGCUUUGCGGAAGGCCAGGUCAAGGUCGGGGCUGGAACGACGGUAUAUUCGGGCGGAGAAACUCGGCAGUGGUUUGUUGCAGCAAACUUGGGCAGGCUACAGGCCGGAGACACCUUCCGGGAGAGCUGGCGCCGCGUCGGCAUCACGGAUGAGACGGUGGAGCAAACGCGAAAAAUGCUGGCCAAGUGGGCAGAGGAUGAUAAUGCAUGGUAUGCCGCGCUGCAGGCGGAAAUCCUGGGAUGGAAGUGAACAGUUCGUCUGUGUACCAUGGAUAAUCCGUGGUUGCCUAACUAGCCACAUAUACACCAAAUCAAAUAAUAUUUAAG